UUUGCCUUAUAGGUAUAUAAAGCCCGUCUAGUCUAUUUUGAUCAAUCACAUUGCAAAUAUUAAAGUAACAGCUAGUAAAUUUCAAGUAUUAAAAUUGAUUUCAGCUGCACUCCAGCAUGUCUUGUUCUCAUAUCGACGACAGCUCUAAAAUACCUUCCAAAACAGAAGGAUGUCAUAGAUGUGAUGAGCUAAAAGAUAAAAGCAAUGCGAACAAAGCAAGUCAUUUGUCUCCAAACGCAUAUAAUUAUAAACUAGAAAUCAUGUGGACAAAUGUAAUAAUAUAUGUGAUUUUGCAUUCGUUGUUUCUAUAUGGACUAUAUCUUAUAUUUACUGGUCAAGUAGGAUGGAAAGCUGUAGUAUUUAAUAUUGUCUAUGCCUUUUUUGCUAUAAAUGGAGUAACCGCAGGUGCCCAUCGAUUAUGGACGCACAGAUCAUAUAAAGCAAACUUACCUUUAAGAAUAUUUUUGAUGCUAUGGCAAUCUGCUGCUUUGCAGAAUGAUAUUUAUAUCUGGGCCCGUGAUCAUAGAGUACAUCACAAAUAUACUGAAACUAAUGCUGAUCCACACAAUGCAAGUAGAGGAUUUUUCUUUUCCCAUGUCGGAUGGUUGUUAUGCAAAAAGCAUAAGGAUGUUAUUGAAAAAGGAAAAACAAUUGAUAUGUCUGAUGUGUUAGCAGACCCUGUGGUCCAAUUCCAAAGAAGGCAUUAUAGGAAAUUGAUUUUCUUGGGUACUCUAGUAGUACCUAUGUUGGUCAGUUGUUACUUGGGUGAAACUGUCUGGAUUUCAUUUGUCAUGGCUAUUACUAAAUAUAUUUUUUCUGUAAAUGGAACAUGGUGUAUAAAUAGCGUUGCUCAUAUGUUUGGGUCAAAACCGUAUAAUAAGCAUAUUAAAGCAGUAGAAAAUUUAACACUGGGCAUAAUUGGUCUAGGCGAAGGAUGGCAUAAUUUUCACCACUCAUUCCCGUGGGAUUAUAGGGCUGGUGAACUGGGAAGCUACGGAUCUAACCUUAGUGCUGGAUUUUUGGAUUUAAUGGCUAAAAUUGGCUGGGCCACAGAACUAAAAAUUGCAAGUGAUGAUCUAAUUUUAAAAACAAUUCUUAAAAAUGGAGAUGGUACCUGGCAUGGCUUAAUUAAAGACAACAAUAAUAACGUAAUAGCCAACAAAAAUUUAAAAAUAAACUACAAUCACUCAUGGGGAUGGGGUGAUCCGGAUAUGAAAUUUGAAGAAACUAACGGCAUAAAGAUAUUAAAUUCUUAAGGAGCUGAUUAUCCCAGACACGCACACACUGAUCCAACCGAGCUUUAUUUUUAAGGUUUUUUAUGUUGUUAUUUUUUUAAUAAAUGAUUUUUUAAG